GAACCAGAGUUGGUAGACAUUGUGAUAAACAAUCCUGCACUCUUCAGUCUCUGCCACGUCCCUAUGUAUGCUUUUAUGGUGGCAGCCUGUAUUUCAUACUACACUUCUGAAGAAGCACAGAAACACUUCACAGCUACUGAGCUGUAUGUACGAAUAUUUCGUCACUGUCUACAGAGACACGGAAAUAAGAAAUUGCUGGAUUUAGAUGGACACAUUAAACACUGCAGAGACAUGGUCCUGUCUUUAGCAGAGAGCGCUUUCAAUGCCACCAAGUUAAAAACUAUCAACCUGGAGUUUGAUUAUGAUGAGAGAGGCAUUUCUGGUGCUUUCCUGACGAGUGUCUCUGUUGUGUCACCAGCAUGUGCCAAGACAUUUUGUACAUUUUCUCACAACACAACGCAGGAAUUUUUUUCUGCUCUCUGGCUUCUAGAACAAUCAGAAACACUUGAUGAGGUUCUCCAUCUGUGUCAGUAUGAAGACAGUGAACACAUGAAACACAUAAUUCCUUUUCUCUGUGGGCUUCAAUCACAAACCAUCACUGAUCAUCUGAAGUGUCUCUUUCCAUUGAACAAGAUCAAGGACAAUAUUGAUGGGUUCUUUGAGAAGGUCUUAAACACUUUCAUUGGUGAACAACCUGAUGAUGAAAACACUGACAUUGCCUUCAUAUGUCAGUGUCUGUAUGAAUUUCAGUCACCUGAAACCUGCUGCUCAUUUCUAGAGAGAAUAAACUAUCAUCUAGAUUUGAGUGAGGAACAUCUUGACCCUUACACAUGCUGUGCUGUGUCCUAUGUAAUCAGACAAUCCACAAACACACAGGUUCAUCUUGAUUUGGAGAACAGUGCUGUGUCCCUCUCAGGGCUGAAGAUAAUUCUCCAACAUUCAUAUUAUCUAAGGGAUUUCUCAACAACACUAAGUCAUAUCUGGACAAUUGCCUUGAAGUGUGAAGAACUUAAUUAUCUGAUAAAUCUGCUACAGUUAUGUAGGAAUGAGAUUCACAUCCCAAUGAGCAGUCAUAGAGAUGUGCUUGAGCAAGCUACAAAAUUUAUAACCCGAUAUGCAGAACAACCAAAUCUCCAUCUGCACUGUGAUAAAGACCCACAAUAGCUCACAGAUCUUCUCUUAAUCACAGUGUUCUCAUGGCUGCCACACAUCAGCUCUCUCAAUUUUACUUCUACACAGGGAGAAUCAAAGGAAAAUUGUCAACAGAAAUGUAUGCCAUUUAAACUGGAUUUGUGUUUACAAGCAUUUCUGUACCAAAGAGAAGAAAACAUCUGGAAAACAGUGGAGAAAAUAAUGUCAAAUAUUUGUAAAGAACAAAGUGAAUUCCUGCUGGAUCUGUUCUCACAUGUGAAGCAGUAUGAGAGUAAAACACACAGGACUGUCCUUCCAGCAUUGCUGACAGUUUACCAGUCACUUCCUGUUUGGUCCA